AUCAAAUUCUACCAACACCACUCACACGUCACCAACAAUGUAGUCCCAAAAGCACUGCCGUGACAAUUGUUAUCUAUAACUGUUCGUUAUUUACUUAACUAAUGAAGUUACGGAAGUUCCACCAAACAAAUAAAUGGCUUUUUGGUGAAGAUGCCGCAGAUUCCGCCCCCGAAGGAGCACAAGUACGUGGACUCGCUAUGGUGCAUGUACAUGGUAUCGGUGGUCGGAGCGUGGAAUGCGGAGUUAGUGACUUACCCGUUAGAUUUGGCCAAAACGCGGCUGCAAAUACAGGGUGAGGUCGCCAACACCAAAGAUGCGAGCAUGGUCAAGGCCCCGUACCGGGGGCUGUUCCGCACCGCCGUGGGGAUCGUCUCCGAGGAGGGGUUUCUGAAGCUGUGGCAGGGGGCGUACGCCGCCUUGUACCGCCACUUGUUCUACUCAGGUACUCGAAUUGUCACGUACAAGCACCUCAAAGACAAGUUUUUCGACUCGGGCACCGAGCAGUACUUCCCCGUGUGGAAGUCGGCCCUUUGUGGGGUCACAGCGGGGGCCUUUGCACAGUACAUUGCCAGUCCGGCCGAUUUACUCAAAGUGCAAUUACAAAUGGAAGGCAAGCGCAAAAUCAUGGGGCUGCCGCCGCGAGUUAACGGCCUUUUCGACGCGUUUAGGAAAACGGUCGAGACUGCGGGGGUGAGGGGGCUGUGGAAGGGGUCAGUUCCGAAUGUGCAAAGGGCCGCUUUGGUCAAUUUGGGCGACUUGACGACCUACGAUUCGGCCAAAAGGUUCAUCUUGAGGAACACUACACUUGAAGAUAAUCAUUUGGUCCACUGUCUGGCGAGUAGCAUGGCGGGGUUGGUGGCGGCCCUGAUGGGAACCCCCGCAGAUGUGAUUAAAACUAGAGUCAUGAACCAACCAAUGGACGAACAGGGGAGGGGUUUGUUGUAUAAGUCGUCCAUCGAUUGUUUCAAAAAGUCGGUACAAAAUGAGGGGUUUGGGGCCCUUUAUAAAGGGUUCCUGCCCAUUUGGUUGAGGAUGGCGCCUUGGUCCUUGACCUUCUGGCUGUCCUAUGAGGAGGUACUUCGGCUACUAGGGGCCGAGCAAUUUUGAUGGUAGGCAAUUAGGUGCAAUAUUAUUUUUAGGCAUGGUAUCGCAUAUUUUUUACUUUUUUUUUAUAAAAGUACCUCGCUUUAAAUAGAUUUCUAACUCAAUGGUGCCAACUUAAUUUCAAAUUCACAGGUCACGUUAAAACUACAAACGAUUAUAAAGCAUUAAGAUUACAGUAAUUGGAAACUGUCAAUUAAUAAUUAAAUUACAUGAUUUUUCACUUGUUGUGUUACGAAACUAGAAUUAGUCGUGAAUUAUUGAGCCAGUGCCUUCUUAAGUCAAAAAAUGGCAGCUGUUUUUUUAAUUAGAGUUGUAAAGUGUUUAUUUCCCUUCUCAAUAUAGCAAAAAGCGAACGGAAGUGCAGUUAAAUAUUUAAUAACUUAAUGCAAUUGACCGUGGCCUGUUUUUAAAUAUUGUAUUAAAAGAUAUGUCAUUUAAAGCGCGAAGGUUAAUUUAUUACGAGGCUGCAAUAAAGUUUGGACACAUUUAAUUAAUUUUAUGAGGAAAACCGAGAAAAAAUAAUUGUUAUUUCAUAUUUAUCAUCUACAAAAGCUGAGUCAUGUUAUGCAAAAAACAAUCACCGUUUUAAACAUGACUUUGUAGCGAUUUACCACAUUUUAUUUAAACGUACUUAAAAACUGAUCUCAGCAGCUUAAAAUUAUUCUUUAAUUUUUAAUGUGUAUUUAUUUGGCUGAUAUUUGAACGGCUUAACAAGUGUUAAAAACUUGUUAAUAUUUGAUUGAAAUAGUUAUGUUACGCACUAUUUUGUGCAACUGAUUGCAUAAGUUGCUAUCGAUCAUCGGAGAAUUUUAACAAUUAACUCAUAAAAUCCCCGGGCGUUGUGACCUUUGCGGUCGUCUUAUCGAGAUUUCAGAAAAAUUGGGACGAAUUUAGCAUGAAUCACUUGACCAAUUACCAAUGAAUAACAAUUCAAGAACUGAUAAUUGCGCUAAAGCAGCUCCUUUGGGGCUUCCCCAAAAAUCUCGGACCCGUCAAUGGACCAAAAUAGGGUCAAGGCCCCCGCCUUGGCCUUCAACUAAUACGACAACCUUCUAAGACUGUUAACUCGGAGUGGAAAAAUAUGGGAUAUCAUGCUGUGUCAAGUGGGAUAUUGAAAAUUUAGUUAUAGAACAAAGUGUGUUCACUGUAAAAAUCAAAACAGUCCAAAUGUGUCAAAUUCGCACGAACGUAGACGAGAGCGUAGUGCCACAGUUUUCCAAGAGCGUACCUAUUUUUUAUAUUUGUACAAAAGGACAAUGUGAACUUGUACUCUAAAGCGCAAUACAAACAAUUUUUUAUUAUUGUGUUUUAUUUUUUUAAUAUUUGUCGUGUAAAUUUAACCAGUGGACUAAUAUUUAGCCUAGGACGUAAACUGUUGAGCGGGAAAGGAACUUUCCGGUACUAUUUUGUUACAGAUCAAUGGGUGAUAUUAAGGAAGUUGUACAUUUUCAUUUGUUGUUUUAAAAUUGUGGCUUGUUGACAAUAUAUUGUUAAAGAUAA